CAGACGUUCGCCGACGAUAGAAGUUUGUGUCUUAGAUGUCCUAUAUGCGCAAGCGCAUGGUGGUGGCAAAAGCGUACCAUAUUCACCACAGCGCUUUCUGUUAUUUUCCUCUCUAUUCACCUCCAUCAACCAAAAUCAUCCUUCUCACAUAGCAGCCGGUUGCUGCGUUAUUUUUCUCUGUCACAAAGUCUACAACGUCAAGGCGGAUGAGAACGAUUACGGCACGCAAUCUUCAAAACAUUGUGAAAUCCAGUUACUGUGCAUACCGGUACCAUUUUGCGGAGAUGGCCACGGAAUCAACAUCGGAUUAUAAGAGUGCCUCAUCGGUGUAUGACUUCACCGUUAAGGAUGGCCAAGGGGAGGAUAUCAGCUUGGAAAAGUACCGUGGAAAGGUGCUGCUGGUCGUCAACAUCGCAUCAAAGUGCGGGUUAACCAAAGGAAAUUAUGCAGAACUUACGGAGCUGUCGCAAAAGUAUGCCGACAAAGAUUUCAAAAUCUUGUCUUUUCCGUGCAACCAGUUCGGGUCUCAAAUGCCCGAAAAAGACGGAGAAGAAAUGGUGUGUCACCUUAGAGAUGCGAAGGCAGAUGUCGGGGAUGUUUUUGCUCGGGUCAAUGUCAACGGUGAUGAUGCCGCUCCAUUGUAUAAGUAUCUGAAGCACAAGCAGGGAGGCAGUUUGGGCAACUUCAUCAAAUGGAACUUCACCAAGUUCCUAGUCGACAAGAAUGGCGUUCCGGUUGCGCGUUAUUCGCCGACUACAAAUCCACUGGAUAUCGUGAAGGACAUCGACAAGCUGCUGUAGAUGCACAGGGCCGUAGGUGGUGGGCUGAGUUAGCGGAUUAGUUUCAUUAAAUGCAUUAUAUCAGGGAGGAUAAUGUUUUUGGCUGUGGACCAAUGUGUAGGGCUAAUAGUCAACCGCAUAUAAAUUGUCUUUUUUCUGCGUAACAAGGAGCGCAGAAAAAAUAAUCUUGUACUAAAUCCAGACUAUUUAUAUGAAAGUCAGCGCUGUAACUUAUAGAAUUGGUUCGCUGUCAAAAUGUUUCCCUUUCUUUGAAUUUCAGCAUUAUUCUAUCUAUAAUAUAUAAGCUGUAGCUUUAAUCACUUUAUCACUCAAAAAUAAAAUGUUCUUUUGCCUGUCA